GCAGCACCACCACGGCCCUCCGUCUGACGCUGUGCGCGCGAGGAGGAGAUUAACCGUGCAGAAGACGGAGGAGAAAAACAAGAACAUCUCUCUCGUUAUUCGUUUGGAAUCUCAGGGAAAACAAUAAUAAUAAUAUUAAUAACAGUAAUAAUAAUAAUAAAUAAAAAAAUGUCCUCGCGGUCUGCUUUGCCGUCUGCCACUGACCGGAGCUCGGAUCACCAUGCGUCUCUGGCGGCGAGUCGUUCGGACAAGGGCACGAGCGUGUCGAGCCGCUCCCUCGGCGCACGCUGCCGGAACUCCAUGGCUUCCUGCUCGGACGAUCAGCCGCACAUCGGCAACUACCGGUUCCUCAAGACCAUCGGCAAGGGCAACUUCGCCAAAGUUAAACUGGCCCGCCACAUCCUCACCGGCCGAGAGGUUGCAAUAAAGAUCAUCGACAAAACUCAGCUGAAUCCAACCAGCCUGCAAAAGCUGUUUCGGGAGGUGCGGAUCAUGAAGGCUCUUCAUCACCCCAACAUAGUGCAACUGUUUGAGGUGAUUGAGACGGAGAAGACCCUUUACCUAGUCAUGGAGUACGCUAGCGGAGGUGAGGUGUUUGACUACCUGGUGUCUCACGGGAGGAUGAAGGAGAUUGAAGCGAGAGCCAAAUUCAGACAGAUCGUCUCUGCUGUUCAUUACUGUCACCAGAAGAACAUAGUCCACAGGGACCUGAAGGCGGAGAACUUGUUGCUGGACGCUGAUUCGAACAUUAAGAUAGCAGACUUUGGUUUCAGUAACGAGUUCACGUUGGGUAAUAAACUGGACACGUUCUGUGGAAGCCCCCCGUACGCGGCCCCUGAGCUUUUUCAGGGGAAGAAGUAUGACGGGCCAGAGGUGGACAUCUGGAGCCUAGGGGUCAUCCUCUACACGCUGGUCAGCGGCUCGCUGCCCUUCGAUGGACAGAAUCUAAAGGAGCUGCGUGAGCGUGUGCUGAGGGGGAAAUAUCGAGUGCCCUUCUACAUGUCCACUGACUGUGAGGGAAUCCUGCGCAGGUUUCUGGUGCUCAACCCAAGCAAGCGCUGCACUUUGGAGCAAGUGAUGAAGGAUAAAUGGAUAAAUGCAGGGUACGAGGGUGACGAGCUGAAGCCUCAUGUGGAACCAGCUGAGGACUUCAGUGACCCCAGUCGCAUUGAGGUGAUGGUUGGGAUGGGUUUCACUACAGAGGAGAUUAAGGACUCGUUACUCAGUCACAAAUAUGACGAAGUCACUGCUACUUACCUUCUGCUGGGCCUGAAGACUCAGGACGGCACAGAAUCACGUGUGAGUGGCAGCAUGACGUUGCCGAGAGUGAGGCCGAGCCCCAUCACCAACGGAACGAACAAGCACUCCACAGGCGGCGCCGCCGCCUCUUCAUCAUCAUCCUCCUCUUCCUCUCACAGCAAGACCCAGCGCAGCGCCUCCACUUACCACCGCCAGCGACGGCACAGCGACUUCUGUGGUCCAAGCAUGCCGGUGAUGCACCCUAAGCGUAGCCCGACGAGUGGGGGAGAUCGUGAGCUGCGCGAGAGCCGGAUGCCGCCUCGUAAGGCUAGUUGCAGUGUGAUGGGCAGCCGCAGCCUGCCUCCGUCCAGCCCAAUGGUCAGCAGUGCCAACAACCCCAACAAGGCAGAAAUCCCAGAACGCCGCAAGGACAUGACAGCUACUACUAAUAACAUCCCUGGCAGUGCGAUGACUCGUAGGAACACGUACGUAUGUACGGAUCGGCCCAGCACUGACCGGCACUCCCUACUGCAGAACGGGAAGGAGAACAGCUCUCUCUCCCACCGUCUCCCCCCCACCUCUCCCUCCACUCUCAGUAUUGCGGGUGCUGGAGCGUCCUCCUCCUCCUCCUCAGGCGAGCGCUGCAGGCUGACUCGCGGCUCCACCAUCCGCAGCACCUUCCACGGCGGUCAGCUGCGGGAGCGAGUGCCCGCCGCUUACGGACCGCCGCCCACCUCGCCCACGCUGGGCCACGAACCGGCCGCCCUCCCGCCGCACACGCGCUCCAGAGCCACGUCGAACCUGUUCACUAAACUCACCUCCAAACUCACCCGCAGGGUCAAUCUCGACCCCUCUAAGAGGCAGGGUUCUAAUAAGUCAGUUUCGGGUUGCACUCUUCCGCAGGGAUCCAAAACAGUUAGUAAGGUCACAAAUGAACCUGAGAGAGUCGGCCGACCUUCGCUCUCAGGUGGCCAUCUAUCUGGGGAUCAGAAAGAGGCCGAGCCCUGGCCCGGGGGAGGGGGGUGGUGGGGGGAUGUGAGGCUCCGCCCCUCCAGGCCCCCCCGCCCCCCCGCUCAGGUGGUGCUGGCCGUGCGCGAGGCGGCGCGGGGGUGUGGCUGCCAGGUGAGCCACGCCGGGCCCUUCCUGCUGCGCUGCAGCCACGAGGCGUCGGGGUCGAAGGUCGCCUUCCAGGCCGAGGUGUGUCAGCUGACCCUGGGCUCGGCCGAGACCAACGGCGUGCGCUACACGCGCCUGUGGGGGGCGCCGCUCGCUUUCAGACACAUCGCCUCGCAAAUCUCCAGAGAGGUGGAGCUUUGAGGGGAGGGGCCUAGCUUGGAGCGGGACACGCCCCCUCUUUCUCUCUGUUGUCAUGACAAACAGACUUGGCCCCACCCACCUCUUGUUGCGUAGACUGCUCCCUUCUCCAGCUGAUACACACAGACACACUAGGGCUGCACAAUAUGGACGAAAAGAAAACCAUAUUGCAGUUAUAUUGCCACGUUAUGCAGUGGCGAUACGUCAUACACUGCAAACCCUUGACCACUAAAGGAUGACCUUUAUUAAUUUAGACUAAAAUAAUCCUUUUAGACUAAAACGGACAUCUGUGAUUGGCAGUAAAACACAGUAAAAAAGUAGCGAUAGUCUCAUUCGCAUAUCAUUGCUUUCUACGGUAUCAGUAUUGCAAAGGCCGAUAUCACGAUAACGAUUAGCAAAUAUAUUGCGCAGCC